AUGAUGUCCUAUUUCUAUUCUCUGAUUAAACAGUUACUAUCCAAAAGUAAAUUCUAUUGGAUAACAUUUUCCACUAGUCUUAUCUUUCUCACAACAAUACUUCAGCGAUAUUAUCGUCUGCGACAUGAAUACGAACAUUAUGAUCGUCGUCAUCAAAUGUUACAGUCAAUUACUAAUCAAAAACAAGAUGAAUUAGAGAACUUAACGCAUCAUAUUCAUCAAUCGUUACUCAUCCUUGAAGAUCAACGAAUAAUUUCCAUUCGAAAAGAUGAAUACUUCCAAAGGAAUCCAUCUACAUGUGUCUACGAUCAUGGCGAUCAUUUGAAAACGUCACAUUUAAGAUCAUCUGAACAACUCUCAACCGACGAUGACACACAAUCAGAUGAAGAUGAUCCUUUAUUACAACGUCUGAAAUUAACAAAGCCAAGUCGAUUGAAAAAUUCACCACCUUAA